CCCUAUUAAAUGGAGAUAUAAGUUCAGCACUUAACUUAUUUAUUUUUCUGCUAUAAUUCUUUUCUGUUAUAGUAAAAAUGUAAAUUUUUUUUUCUUUUUCUGUAAUAAUUUUGGAUGAGACCGAAAAAAUACAAGGAAAGUAGAGUGGACUGGUAAUAAUGUGAUGAGGUGGCAGUUGGGUAGGUGAAGGUAAGAACUCGUGGUCUUCUUUCCUCGCAUAUUUAAAACAAACAAACUGCUUCGUUUCAUUUCAUUCAUCGCAUACUUCACUUCGCUUCUAGAUUAUUCAUUUUCACUUCUCUGCUAGGGGUAUCCUGAGAUCACAUUGAACAAUGGUGAAGGCUGUGGCAGUUCUUGGUAACAGUAAUGAUGUCUCUGGUGCUAUUAGCUUCAGUCAGGAGGGAAAUGGUCCAACCACUGUAACUGGAAAUCUUUCUGGUCUUAAGCCUGGCCUCCACGGAUUCCAUAUCCAUGCCUUGGGGGACACCACAAAUGGUUGCUUGUCAACUGGACCACAUUUCAAUCCUAAUGGAAAGGAACAUGGUGCCCCUGAGGAUGAGAUUCGUCAUGCUGGUGAUUUAGGAAAUAUUAAUGUUGGUGAUGAUGGAACUGUAAGCUUCACUAUUACUGACUCUCAGAUCCCUCUCACUGGACCAAACUCUAUCAUAGGAAGGGCUGUUGUUGUUCAUGCUGAUCCUGAUGAUCUUGGGAAAGGUGGUCAUGAGCUUAGCAAAUCUACUGGAAAUGCUGGUGGCAGAAUAGCUUGUGGUAUUAUUGGAUUGCAAGGAUAAAAUCAUUAUUCUCAACUUCCGGGAUACAUGAAGUUGGAGAUGUGCGUGAUGAUGUGUCAAGCUUUUAGAAGAAUAAAUUAGAAUAAAUUACACUCAUCUCUUGCUUGUUUAGGUCUGUUCUGUACUGUACUGUUGAAUUGUGUGUUUUUGCUCAUCAAAAUCUUAAUGGCUAUAUGACUCCACUUGAUACUUCAUUUGUUUCUUUACCUGAAGUCUGCUUGUGGUUAUUGCCUUGCUUGUUUUCAGUUUGCAGUAAACGAUCUUAAUGAAAUGAGAGGUUUUAAUGA